GUCGGUAAGCCUCCGCUUCUUCAGUUCUGAUCUUCUUAUUCUUCCGUCCUCUUCAACCAUCUUCCCUCUUUCUCCAAAACCCCAAGAAGAAAAUGACCAUUGCCAUGGGUCCGCCACCACCUAGAAACCCCAUCUCCACCACCUCCCAGUCCCAAGCCAGAAACCCAGAAGAACCUUCAGCUUCAAGUGCUGCUUCUUCUUCAUCCUCCGCAUCCCAAUCAACAACUGAUACGUCUUCAAUGGGUCCCCCUCCCCCUAAAAUUCACAACGCUCCCGAACCAGCGCCCGCCGCGGAACGUUCUGCCGAUACCCCCCAACCAAAGCCUUCCGAAGCUGAUGAUUCUGUUUCUGAGACUGUUGAUUCCAAAGAGGGCGCCAGCUCCAGCUCCACAAAAGACACUAGCCAAACUGGGAGACAACAAGAGAAAGGCUUUAGUAAUUCUACGGAUAUAGCAGUGGCUUAUAAAAUUCCAGAGUGGAACGGGCCCCCUUGCCAUCACUAUUCUCUUGAAGUUCUCAAAGAUGGCUCCAUCAUUGACCAAUUCGAUGUAUUCAAGAAGGGGGCUUACAUGUUUGGGCGUGUUGAACUCUGUGAUUUUGUCCUUGAGCAUCCAACGAUCUCACGGUUCCAUGCUGUUAUCCAGUUCAAGAGCAAUGGAGAAGCUUAUAUCUAUGAUCUUGGUAGCACACACGGGACUUUCAUAAACAAGAAUGAGGUGAAGAAAAAGGAUUACGUGGAGUUGCAUGUUGGUGAUGUGAUUCGCUUUGGCCAUUCAUCUCGGUUGUACAUAUUUCAAGGACCAACUGACUUGAUGCCACCUGAAGCUGACUUGAAGACUAUACGCACUGCUAAGAUCCGACAGGAGAUGCAAGAUAUGGAAGCAUCACUUUUACGAGCAAAACUUGAAGCAUCUUUGGCUGAUGGUAUAUCAUGGGGCAUGCAGGAGGAUGCUAUUGAAGAAGCUGAGGAUGAAAUUGAUGAAAUAACUUGGCAAACUUACAAGGGACAACUUACGGAGAAGCAGGAAAAAACACGUGAAAAAGUCAUGAAAAGACUUGAAAAGAUUGCUCAUAUGAAGAAAGAGAUAGAUGCUAUUCGGGCCAAGGACAUUGCUCAAGGUGGGUUGACGCAGGGACAACAGACCCAGAUUGCUAGGAAUGAACAGAGGAUAUCACAAAUCAUGGAAGAGCUUGAAAACUUGGAAGAGACGUUAAAUGAAAGUAUUCGAGAAAGCCUUGGUGCUCGUGCUGGAAAGACAACACGUGGUAAGAGACAAGGGGCGACAGAGGACAAUGAAGAAGAUUACCUGAGUGAUGAUGAUGAUUUCUAUGACCGGACGCAGAAGCCUUCUAAGAAGAAGAGUGGAGAAAACCAAUCAAUUGAGACUGCUGACUCUCUUCUUGAAAAGAAAGAAGCCAUUCUUAAAGAGAUGGAAGACACAAGAAACUUACUUCUGAAGGAGGACAAAAGUGUGCCCAAAAGAGAAGUUGCUGGAGAAGGAGAUGCACUUGAUGCAUAUAUGUCCAGCGUAUCAUCUCAGCUAGCAUUUGACAAGAAGGAUAAGCUUGAAAAGGGCUUGGCCUCUCUGCAGUCAGAAUUGGAUAGGGUCUCAUACUUGCUGAAGGUUGCUGAUCCUACGGGAGAAGCUGCUCGGCGAAGAGAAUCAAAAGCACAAGAACCAAGACACAAUGUGGUAGUUGCUGCUUCUGAUGCUGUAGAGCUGUCACCAUCCGAAAAGCGUCAAAGCAACAGACAAGAGCGCUCCGUAUGUGGUUCAGACAAACUUGAGAAAGUACAGAAUAGAUCCAGCAGUAAAGAGGGCAAGAUUGAUGCAACUGCAGAUUCCAGCAAUAGGUUGGAAGCAAGUGAGAAUGUGGCUGAUGCAACAGAUGAUGAAGCCGCUGUCUAUACAGUUGCCAAGGCCCAGUGGCUUGGUGCUGUGGACUGCCAAAAAGAGCAAGAGACCAGACAAGAAAGCCAAGUAGAUGUGGAAGAGCAUGAUCAGUUUGUGGACUACAAAGACAGGAAGGCAAUUCUUGAAAAUACGGAUGGUGCAAAAUCGAGGGAGACCUCAGGAAUUGAAAAUGCAGCCCCUGGUUUGAUUGUUAGGAAGCGGAAGCAUGUUGAGAAGUCGGACCUCACUGACGUGAAGGAUUCUGAACCAUACAAGGAGGCUGAAAUAAAGGCGGAAGAUGCUGUAGCUCUGCUAUUGAAGCAUUCGAGAGGAAUCCAUACGUCCGAUGAGAUGGAACAAGAUAGUGAAAAUGUUCCCCAAAGCAAACAAGCAAGGAAGGACAAGAAGAAACCUAAGAGACUGCUUGGUCCUGAGAGACCAUCGUUUCUGAAUAACGAGUCUGAUUACGAGUCCUGGGUGCCUCCUGAAGGCCAAUCUGGCGAUGGACGCACAUCUUUGAAUGAUCGUUAUGGGUAUUGACUUUGGAUCUCAAUUCAGGCCAAUCUGCCGCAGACUGACUGAAACUUAUGAAGUGGCAGAUGCGGGUAAAGCCCUUCACAGGUAUUGCUUGGCGCUCGGCAGUUGAUUAACAUUAUGCGUCGAAUGUUUAUUCAAAAGCAUUUUUAUUCUGCAGAGAAGUGUACUAACACCAAACGUCUUUCUUUCUUAAAGCAACAAAUCAGUAUAGCUCUUUUACGCUCAAUCAAGUGCUAAUAGUUGGCUAAAAAAUUGACACUGUAUAUACGGUCAAAUUAUGUCUGCCCGGCCCGGGAGGUUCCUUUGUAAAGACCUGAAAACGGAAAGCUGCCAACUUUGCGAUCCGUGCUCGUAAAUUAAUUAGUAGUGUACACAUUCUUAUA